AUGCGAGGCAUUCAGAUCAAAGAAUAUGUCAAGAGCCCCGACGAGCUCCGCGUAACUGACCUCCCCGACCCCAUACCCACCGACGACCAAUACCUAAUCGCCAUCCACGCCAGCGCAACCAACUUCUUCGACCUCCUCCAGAUCGCCGGCAAAUAUCAGCACCAGCCCCCACUGCCCUGGAUCGCCGGCUCCGAAUUUGCUGGCACCGUGCUCGCCGUGCCGCGCGGCGCCCGUGCCCCACGAUUCCAAGUUGGCGACCGCGUCCUGGGCGCCUCGCAGGGCGGCUACGCGACCAAGAUCGCAGCGCGCGAGGAGGUCCUGCGCCCCGUGCCCGCGGGCUGGAGCUUCGCAGAGGCAGCAGGCCUCUUCGUCACGGCGCCGACGAGCUACGGCGCGCUGGUGACGCGGGCGGGCGUCAAGCCCGGCGAUUACGUCCUGGUGCACGCGGCGGCCGGCGGGGUGGGGCUGGCGGCGGUGCAGAUCGCGAAGGCGUUCGGGGCGACGGUGAUAGCGACGGCGGGGACGGGGCGGAAGCUGGACGUGGCGCGGGCGUUCGGGGCGGAUCAUGUGAUUGAUUAUGCGGAUGCGGCGUGGCCGGACAAGGUCAAGAAGCUGACGCCCCAAGGCCGCGGUGUGGAUAUCGUGUUUGACCCCGUGGGCUUGAUCGAUCGGAGUACGAAGUGCAUCCGCUGGAAUGGCAGGCUUCUAGUGAUUGGCUUCGCAGCGGGCGCUAUCGAGAAGGUGGCUAUGAAUAAGGUGUUGUUGAAGAAUAUCAGUAUCGUGGGCUUGCAUUGGGGAGCAUACAGUAUCAACGAACCGGAGAUGAUCCCUGUUGUUUGGGAAGGUUUAUUCAAACUGAUAGACGAGGGCAAACUCCGAGGCACCGUCUUCACGGAUCAGGAGUUUGUGGGGUUGGAGAGCGUCCCGGCGGCCUUGAAAUCCCUUGGGAGCAGAGGGACGUGGGGAAAGGUCGUGGUGAAAGUCCCGCAGCAAGAGGGGCUGAGCAAGAUAUAG